AUGCCGCCGCAGAGCAGAGGCAAUGGCCUUCCUACAGGCUUCCACUCGAAAUCAACUCCCAAUCUCCCGACGCUCAGCUCCCUCAAUUCUGACCUAGCGCCUGCGCCAAAUCCCCCGAGUGCCAAAACCGACGCGCCCAGCAACCCGCUUUCCCCAACCGACACGGCCACCUCCCCGUCAGAACCUGCCUCAGUAGAAGACAAUCUCUCCACUGAAGACCUAUUCACGUUCGACGACGCCUCAGGAACCAGCAGCGCCUCCGAUGAUGAGUUCGACUUCGACUUCGACCGCGACAGCUCCGACCUGCCCGGCGGUCGCAGCACCAGCACCGACGGCAACGAGAAGCCCCGGCGCCAGCUAUACUCGCACGCAUCGCGCUCACACUCAGCGCUACCGCAUACGUCAUCGGCGCUGUUCCCGCCCUUCUACAACCGGCCGCCCACGCCGCUGCCACCCAGCCCAUCGCUGACGUCGCUACUACGACCAUCAUCCUUCUCGGCGCAGACGUCGCGGCCCACGACGCCCGACUCGUCCGAUGUCGAGGGCAUGACGCCCAGCGCGGGCAGCCGCCGCACCGCGAACACGUCGGCCUCGACGGCCACGAACACCACGACGACGGCGACAAAUACCACCACCACGGGCGGCGGUGGCAAUGGCGGUGGCGGCAGCGGCGGCGGCGGUACGAGCAGCAAGCGCGCUCCGAGCGCGACGUCGGGCGUGAGCGUGUCGGGCACGGGCGGUACGGGCACGCCGACGGGCAACAGCAUGGCGACGGCGUUCGCGUCGGCGACGCUGGUGCCGCGCGCCAGCCCCAAGGUGCCGACGUACGAGUACUACGGCUUCUUCAUCUACCUGGCGUCCAGCUUCGCGUUCCUGAUGUACCUGCUGUGGGCGUACCUGCCCCGCCCGUUCCUGCACCAGCUCGGCAUCUACUACUACCCGAACCGCUGGUGGGCGCUUGCCGUGCCGGCUUGGCUGGUCGUGCUGGUCAUUUAUAUCUACGUGGCCCUCGCGAGCUAUAAUCUGGGGUAUUUGACGCUGCCGAUGGGGAGCAGUGAGAAUGUUGUGGACGAUGCGGCGCAGAUUGCAACGCUGGAUUCGAGGGGCAGGGUGGUGAGGAAAGGGAAGGAUGGGAAGUUGGAGAAGGUGCCCGUGAGGAAGUCAAGUGGAAGGCAUAGCAGAGACGGGUCGAUGAAGGAUUCAAAGGGCGUCGCAGGCUAUGCGGUGGAUCCGGGAACGAAAGUGGAUUGGAAGGCCAUCUGGGGUGAGAGUACCGAUGCGGUCCUGGAUGUGCCGGUUGGUGGUGUCUGUGAAAUUCUGUAUGGCGAUGGGAGAGACACAGACGGCGAGGAUGGUGAGGUAAAUGGGUCGGUUAAUGGGGCAUUAUGA